CAGGUCAAUUCUUACGGACAGUAUCACUGAUAUAAUGGUAAACAUUGUAUUUGCCUCAUAUUAUCAUGUGCAUCAUGAAAUGAGAAUCUUACAUUUUGUUAAAGGUGGCUGAUAUUUUUCAGUUAUUAUAUAUUCUGUUAGAAAUUUUUUGUAAGGAACAAAAAGACAUAUUACAGAGUAAGAUCACUAUUGGAAAUGAAUAAUUUAUUACUUUUUAUGAAUUUUUAGCUCGACUAUUUUGGUUAACCUUUUGCGUGCAAGUACAUACAGCUAUUACUAAAAGGCAUAUAGAUUUGACACUUAUUUUUUCUUUUUCUAGGUCAAUUACCAACCUCACUGGGUCAAGUUCUAUAACUCUUAACAUGUAUUUUGAGCAAAUUAUGCCCCCCUUUGGACUUAGAAAAUCCAUUAGUUGACAAAAAUCUGAUUAACCAGAUCCCAGUCUACUCUACAAGAAGGAGUUGGUCGGCAGGAUUAAGGAGGAGGUUAGUCAUCAUAUUUAUCACUCAGCCCGGGACAUUGUCAAGACUGCCUUACACGAUAGGGGACAGCGACCUAACCUGCCAAAAGUUGAUGCGCUGAAGCGUACAGCUAACAGACAUCGGGAACAGAUGCGACCGCCAAAUCCAAAGGACCUGGGGUUCACCAUCAACCAUGAGUACCUAGAAGCCCAGGAUUUCAUCGUCGGCGACAUCCGAGUAGACUCUGCUCGCCACAUCCUCCUCGCUACUCCAAAACAGCGUGAAAUCCUCCGUACCACCAGAAGAUGGUUCAUGGACGGAACAUUUAAGGUUAUUGAUGUUCCAUUCCAAGGAGGCCAGCUUAUGUCCAUACACGGGUUUGUUCAGUCCGAUGGCGUUAUGAAGCAGCUACCUUUGAUGUUUGUCGUCAUGUCACGCCGGCGCAAGGACGACUAUGUCGCUGUGCUUCGCCAGGUCAAAGACAUACUAGGUGAUGUGUCUGUCCAGGGAUUUGUCCUUGACUUUGAGGCUGCUGCUUGGGGCGCAAUCAGAGACGUUUUCCCGGGGUUGCAGAUCAAGGGAUGCACGUUCCACUGGGCACAAUCUGUGUGGCGUCACGUACAAUCUAUUGGGCUAGGUCCAGCAUACAUGGAGCGCAAGUCUGUCUGGGAUUGGAUCCGUAAACUCCUUGUUCUACCAUUCCUGCCAAGCAAUCAUAUCGCAACAACGUUUAACAGUCUAGCAGCGCGUGCUACCAAUGACCAACAAAAAGAGCUUGUCCAUUACAUCAGACAACAGUGGAUAGAGUCCGAGUUAUUUCCCAUUGAGAGCUGGUGUGUCUUCAGGUACAGGAUCCGCACAAACAAUGACGUUGAAGGUUGGCACAACCGUCUAAACAGUGAUUGUGGGUACCGGUCUCUAUCCUUCUACCGAAUGGUGCCAGCUCUGCGGAAACAGGCCCUUGAUACCGAGAUCGACAUCGAUGAACUACUUGACCAUGGUGUUGGAAGACAACAGCGUCGCCAAACUAGACAUUGUGAGAAAGAAAUAUCCGAGCUUUGGGAUCAGUAUGAAAAAAAAGGAACUGAGUGCCACCAAAUUCCUUCAAGGAAUCAGCCAUGUUUAUGGACCAGCCGGGUAUAUGGCUAAGUGAAAAAUAUAUACGACAGUAAAUAUCUAAGGCAUGAAGUGCAUGAUUGCUGAUUAGACACACAUAUAAUUUACUAGGAUAUUAUCUUUUAAAUUUGUGUAUUCUGAUAUGCAUUUAAGAAAGCGAACACUUCAGAUAAAUUAAGAAACAUAUAUUUGUUAGGACUGUGU